ACCAUUCGCUUGCGCGGUGGAUACAGGUAACGACUAACGUAAAGACUCGAGUGAAAGUGCCACUGACUGAGCGCUAGCGCUGCCAGAGUUAGUUGUAGUACAUGCACAGCUACAACAAGUAUCUUAGGUUAGGAGGUUUGAGAAAAGAAGCAGCAGCCGAGCGAAAGGGGUAGCGCCAGCGCUGUGCUUGCGCUUUGCAUCAUAGACUCCAGCGAUCCAGGAUCGAUCACUUGUGACACGCCAGAUAUGGUACAGCAGUACGGAUUGCUGAGUAAACCUACGAGUGUGUUUACGAAGUACCAGAACUGGAAGUAGUGGUAGUAGGAGUAGGCGUCGUUGGUCAGUCGCUGGUGAUCAUUGAGCAGCUCAUCAAAGUCGUCUCUCUCUCUCGCCAAGGAUCAGGCAGGACUGCAGCCUAUCUGUCUUCCGGUCAGUUUGAUCCAAGAGCGCUACCGGUCGACAACGCGCUAGAGCUAUCUCUGCUCGUGGUGCGUAGCGGGCACCGCAGGUCCAGCUCGUCUUGCGCCUCUGUUCAGCGCCCUCAUUCAAACAUCGCUUGUGUUCUUGUGUAGUAGGCAAUAGCGUAUACUAUUUACUUGGUAGCAGGUGAAUAGCGUGCAGGGUUGCAUUGGCUGUGAACGCUAGCGCCGCGCUAGGUUCUUGCCGGUAUUCGAUUUGGUGUCCAUCGCUAGCACCAGUCAUCAUCACCUUUCCGCUGCGACAGCCUGCGUCUGUGUGGAGUGCGCAUUGUGAUACAAAAGACUGUGAUCAGGCCGUGGAUCUGCAGCAGAAACAAUGAGUUUGCCGGAUCACCACCACCCUGCUCAGGUCAGUCAUAGCAAAAAGCCACUGGUUUCCUUUUCCCCGCCUUCUCGCCAUUCACACACUGCUGGAGCAGCGCAGAGCUACGUGGAAAGUGGGAACGUGUCACCGUCAGCAGCGACAGCAACCAUUGGUAGUAAUAGCAGCAGAACGAUUCCCAAUGGCAAGCCUUCGCCAUUGGAAGACCCAUACAGCGUUGGCUCAACAACUGCUUCGCUUGAUAUGAUGUCGUUAGGAGAUGUAGCGUCAGCUACUGGUCGUCAUAAUGGUCCUGCAGUAGUAGCUGGACGAGACGCAGCCUGUCCGGUUGCUGCUGGCCAAACAGCCAUUGCAUCCGCACUGCCUGAUACUCCCCCAGCUGGAGCUGCGGCGGCUGUUUGGCCAUCUAGUGAAGGUGCUGCCUCUGCUGCUGCAGUUACUUCAGGACUUUCACGGACGUUGGAUUCUCACUCGUCAUCUGGCCGAGUCCUUGUGUCAGCAGGGGCAAAGAACGGUGCUGGCCCUGUUGUGCCAGCACCAAUCAAGAUAGAUCCUCACUCCGUUGCAGCACACGUUUCAAUGGCCGGUGAUGAUCCAGCCAAGGCCGCCGGGGUUGUCGCUGGUGCUGCGCACAACCUGGCUGAGUUGGUGAUGGGCAAGACUCUCGGCACUGGAACAUUCGGCCGGGUGCGUUUGGUCCGGGGAAAGCGGUCAGGAGACUUCUUUGCCCUGAAAAUCAUGACAAUACAGGAGGUGGUGCGACUGAAGCAAAUUGAACACGUCAAAAGCGAGAAGAACAUCCUGCAGAAGAUCAAGCACCCCUUUGUCGUCGAUUUGAAAUGGACACACCAUGACGCGAGGUUCCUGUAUAUGCUAUUAGAGUUUGUCGUCGGUGGAGAGCUGUUCAGCUAUCUGCGUGCCGUUGGCAGAUUCCACACGAAAGCAGCAUCGUUCUACGCUGCAGAGAUCGUGUCCGCCCUGGAUCACCUACAUAGUAACUCCAUUAUCUACCGAGAUCUGAAACCGGAAAAUCUUCUCAUCGACGGACAGGGCCACAUCAAGAUUACGGAUUUUGGCUUUGCCAAGGAGCUCUCCCAGGAUAACUAUACAUGGACAUUGUGCGGCACACCAGAGUACUUGGCGCCGGAGAUCAUUCAGAAUCGCGGUCACGGCAAGGCAGUUGACUGGUGGGCGCUGGGCAUUCUCAUCUACGAAAUGCUUGUCGGGUAUCCGCCAUUCUUUGAUGAUACGGCAUUUGGCAUAUAUGAGAAGAUCUUGACCGGUGCCAUCGACUACCCUCGCUUUCUGGAGAGUCCUAGCAGGGAGAUCAUCAAAAAGCUGCUGCUUGGUGACAGAACGAAACGCUUGGGAAGCAUGCGGGGUGGAACAGAAGAUGUGAAGAAGCACCGCUUCUUCCGCGACUAUGACUUCCAGAAACUCCGGGAGCAGAAAUGCAAGCCUCCGUUUGUGCCAACAUUCCCAAGUUCAACCGCUAACUAUGCAGCUAACUUUGAUGACUAUGAGGAGGAAGAUCUGUCCAGGGUGCCACGCGUUGCGCCACACGACCUGGCAUUCUUUUCUGACUUCUGAUGUGGGUAGUGCUCAAUUCACUGGAGAUGUUCUGCUUGGAUACCUAAUGAAAUCGCAACCAGAGCCUUCGCAAUAGGCCAUGUGUGUGAGCCCUUCGCGUUGGUUUCAACUGCAGUCAGUAGCUCACAGCCUGUCGUCACCUACGCGUUUCCAGUGUCCAACAGCUGAAGCAAACAACGUAAAUCUGGAGUGCGACACCAAAGGACCGUUUUACCCAUACGCUAACUGCACCAACAAACUUACACAUGCUAACUACCGGUAAUGAGAACGAUAAUAUAUGUAAAGUCAUGGACGUUUACUAAGAGCUGAUAAUAUUCUGGACAAAGUGCAAGGUGUGAAAUUUUGCUCACAUCGAUAAUCACACAGAUGAUGCUUUCAUUUCUAUGUACUUCAUUCAACCUGGAAACGGUCCCUUCUCUAUUUUUCACUUCAUGUCUGCGUGCAUCUGUGUGUCUUUUUUGAUGAAGUAUUUUAAAAUAACCAAUUGAAUACUCCCCCUCUUUUUGACCCCUUGAUGUUUUGCUUGCCAUUCUUCAGAUGUACUUACUAUGUUUUGUUUCUCAGUUGAAAAAAAAGACAUUUGGGAUGGUGGUGUCCCAGAAUAA